CACUUGAACUUUCAUCUGACGCCCACACCGCCCAAGACUCGCCUCGCCGCUUCUCGUCGCUUCUCGCCGCGGAGAGACGCUGGCUGUUAUUGAAAAUGAAUGACUUCCGGUCGAUUUGACGCUCUCGCCGCCUCUGGUGUGAACGCACGGUUACCGUGACACUGCCUUUUCCAUUAUUUUGUGUAGUUUAUAUUUCAAAUGAUACUUUAUUACAAAUAACAGAGUUCCUCAUUGACAGCGUGAAGCAUCUACUUGUUUCCAUUGAUCAUUGUGUAAAUAUUGUAUGCCAUUUAUUUGAUUAUAAGGGAAAGCUUGGUAUGUGUUAUCAAUUUGUCUCGUGACUCAAAGGAAACAGGAAGUGUAUAAUAGAUUGAAUGCAGACCAGCUAAACUGCAAGUAUACACCACAUUUAUAUAAAACAAGAUAAAAUGACACUUUAUCUCUUUAUUUAUAAUAUCCUUUCAUAUAAACAGCAGUUCAUUAUUUAAAUGCAUAUUAAUAUUGACCAAAUUCAAAUGGUCAUUAUCGGAUUUAAGUCAAGUAAAGUCAAGCUUUAAAAAAAAGUAUCAACAAAAACAGUCAUUAGAAGACUGUGACAAGUUGUAUGCAAGAUUGAAUUGGCCAUGUGCUCCAUUACAUAAGCAGAUGUUAAAUAAUGGCAUAAAGAAUAAGGAACCAUAUUCAGCUGCGAUGCACUGUGGAAAAAGCUACAUUUUAGGGUAAUAUUUAAUUUAAAGCAGAGAGACUAAAAUGCAUGAAAUAAGAUUAAAAGAUUAUUAUUUUAUUUUUUAGAUUGAAGGUGUAAUGGCAGAAUCAUCACCAAAGAGAAGAGAGACCAUAAGUGUAGAUAAACCUCCACGUAAGUUUGUAACCCAGGAAAAAGUGCAUAAAUUCACACUCCUCAUAGGGCGUGGGCUAAAGGAGUGUCUUUAGAGGACAUCUACCUGGCUGCUGGCUUGGCUUUGGAUUAUAUUCCUCCCUUUCCUUCUUAUUGGCCAAUAUGAAGGGGAGACUCUGUCAAUGCCUUUCAACUAACCAACUGGCAAUAGGCAUUGCUAGUGCGUGUGAAUCAGUAGCACGGCGUGAUGGUAUAUGAUUACGAAUGCGUCAGCAACUGAUGCAGCAUCGAAGAGACUGACUUGAGAAGGAAUGUAUUGAAGAGGAUGCAGGAGUAUGCAGUGGAUGUGACACUGGAUCCUGAUACAGCUCAUCCAGAACUCAUCCUGUCUGAUAAUGGAAAACAAGUGAAAACUGGGGACUUUAAACAUGACGUCCCAGACUACCCAGAGAGGUUUGAUGCAUGCCACUGUGUCCUGGGAAAGGAGGGGUUCUCCUCAGGGAGAUUUUAUUUUGAGGUGCAGGUGAAGGGAAAGACUAAAUGGGAUUUAGGAGUGGCCAGAGAGUCCAGUAACAGAAAGGGACCGCUCACACUAACACCAGCAAAAGGAUACUGGACUGUGUGGCUGAGGAAUGAGAAUGAAUAUAAAGCUGGCGCUGGUCCCGCCGUCUGUCUCACUCUGAAAGUGAAGCCGCAGAAAGUUGGUGUGUUUGUGGAUUAUGAGGAGGGUCUGGUCUCCUUUUAUGAUGUGGAGUCCAGCUCUCAUAUCUACUCUUUCACUGCUCAGUCUUUCAAUGGCAAACUCUAUCCAUAUUUUGGCGCAUCCUUAAACUAUAACGGUAAAAACUCUGCACCACUGAUCAUCACACCUGUCAAUUACAUUAAAUGAAUGUACCCUUAUAUGAAGCACUAGAUACAAAUAAUUGUCUAAACUGUAAUUGCAGAUCAAAAACAUUCAAAUGAAAUUCAAAUCAGAUGUAAAAUAUCUACAUUGUUUUAGAGUGCUUAUAAAUUAUUUUACUGCAUGUUUCAGAAAUUUUUGCUCAAAUGAUUUUUUUAUCCCCUCCACCUGUCAAAGUGAAAUUAGAUGAAAGCGGUGUAGCUAUUUGGUUUACAAGACUUAUUUCUUAAGACUGGAUUUUUAACAUUGUAAACAAAAUUGGUUGUUACUCUCAUCUGAUUCAAGUUCACAACCAUAGUUGCCUUUAAGAAGCUUCUGGGCUCUUUCUCUCAUUUUGCUGAAUUAUUUUGUGGAUGGCAGUGAUGGUUUAUGGUGCGAUCAAGUCUUCCUGGGAAGUUCGAAUGAAAGAAAGAAUAUAAAUGUAAGUCUUUUGAACUAAUAAUGCUUAAUGUGACACCGUCAGAUAUAAAUAAAAAAUCUCUGUCGUCUUUUGUCCUUGCUACAGUAUAUAGAUCACCUGGGCCGUAUUCUGAUUUCCUUGGUGAAUUUGCUAAUUUUUUAUCAGAUCUUGUAGUUACUGUAGAUGGACUUUAAUUGUUUGUGACUUCAACAUUCAAAUAGAUAAUGAAAAUGAUACAUUGGGAUUAGCAUUUAUCGAUAUUCUCAACUCUCUUAGAGUCAGACAAAAUGUAACAAGACCAACGCAAUUCUGCAGCAGAGCGUUGACAUCUCGGAUCAUUACCUUGUUUCUUGUAUUCUGUAAUCAGCUAAUGUUACUCAAUCUACACCACGCUAUCGUUCAGGUAGAACUAUUCUUUCGACCACUAAAGAUAGCUUCACUAAUAAUCUUCCAGAUCUAUCUCACACACUCGAUAAACCCCAAAACCCAGAAGAACUUGAUGAAAUAACAAAACAUAUAAAUGCAGUCUUCUCUAGCACUCUUGAAAUAAGUUUCCUCCGCUAUGCCGACGAUACACAAUUCUCGCAUUUCAUCAUUGUCAUGCCUCCACAUGUAAUGCUAAUGUUUUGUUGCACACACCUGUCACAUAAUAAACCAGCUAAAGGAGUCUUAUUUUCUGUCAAGCUUAAUCACUAUUCAUAAUCAACACUACAAAAUUGCUUGCAAACUAAACUGUACAGCCAAAUUUCACAAGUAAAACUGAAUUAUUCCAAUUAAUACCAAUUUGCUUCCACCAUGAUUCUUUAAUUGACAAAACCCCAACCGGAAAGUCAGGGCUUAAAGAAAAUGUUGAGUUGUCCACUGGUAAUUAUGACUUUGUGAUGGUGUUCAUGUGCCCUCAGCUCAUACAUUUCAUCUUUCCAAGAUGACUUGAAUGCAUCAAAUUUUUUUUUUUUAAUGCACUACAUUCACGCAUGCAGACAACCAGCCACGAUGUCAAGAAGAAAAGGAUCUCUGUCUAUGUAACAUGUCUGUGCUAGGCUAAUCACCACACCUAGCCCAAGUAAUUGAGACAGCUUAUAGUUGCUUAAGUACAGUAAGGGCAGCUGGGCCCUAUGGCCCGGGGUAAGAGGGGCCAUCGAUGGCUGACUCAAAAAGCAACAAUAAAAUGUACUUUUGAAAUUGACUUCUUGUAAUUGUUAUAUUGCACAUUUAAGCACGUUAUUUUCAUGUUUAAUAAAGUAUACAGUAUUUUAUCCCCAUCGUUAUUGAAUCCUCGUUUUAUUUUUUAUUGUACGGGCAGCUGUGGACUGGGAAGAGAAAUCG